UUUACCUGACUAACAGUGGGUCAGAAGCCAAUGAUUUGGCUAUGUUCAUGGCAAGGGUUUAUACUCGUAACUUUGACCUCAUCUGUUUCAGAGGAGGAUACCACGGAGCCAGUCCAUACACACUGGGCUUGACGUCCAUUGGCUCUUAUAAGCAUGGUGUCGCCAAUGGGUUUGGCUGCCAAACAACAAUGUUACCAGAUGUUUUUCAUGGUCCUUGGGGAGGAAGCCAUUGCCGAGAUUCUCUGGUGCAAACUAUUCGGAAAUGCAGCUGUUCUCAAGUACAUUAUUCUUAUCAGUAUUUCCUCAACACAGGCUGUUGUGAAGCAAACGACCAGUACAUUGAACAGUUCAAAGACACUCUGAGGACUUGUGUGCCAAAGGCAAUAGCUGGGUUUAUCGCUGAGCCAAUUCAGGGUGUUAAUGGAGCCAUUCAGUAUCCUAAAAGAUUUCUAAAGGAAGCUUUUCAGCUAGUGCGUGAAAGAGGAGGCGUCUGUAUUGCAGAUGAAGUCCAGACAGGGUUUGGACGAACUGGCAGCCAUUUCUGGGGAUUUCAAACACAUGGUGUAGUCCCUGACAUUGUUACCAUGGCAAAAGGAAUUGGUAAUGGCUUUCCAAUGGCAGCUGUCGUAACCACACCAGAGAUUGCAAAUUCCUUGGCUCAGAACCUUCAUUUUAACACAUUUGGAGGAAACCCUAUGGCCUGUGUAGUUGGAUCUGCAGUUCUUGAUGCUAUUGCAGAAGAUGGUCUACAAAAGAACAGCGAAGAAGUGGGGGCUUACAUGCUAUUGGAGUUUGCUAAACUGAGAGAGAAGUUUGAGAUCAUUGGAGAUGUCCGUGGCAAAGGCCUUAUGAUUGGGAUAGAAAUGGUGAAGAAUAAGGACAGUCGUCAACCCCUUCCAGCUGAAGAGAUGAGUCCGAUCUGGGAAGAUUGCAAAGACAUGGGAGUAUUGAUUGGCAGGGGUGGAAUUUAUAAUCAGACAUUUAGAGUUAAACCUCCAAUGUGCAUUACUAAACAAGAUGCAGCCUUUGCAGUGGAAGUAUUUCAUGCUGCACUGAUGAGACAUUUGGAAAGAACAGCUGCAAAUUAGUCUCUGAGCAAUCUUUCUCCUUACAGAGGAUGUUUGGUAACAGUUGAGACUCACCGUCCAAGCCCUAAAACCUUGCUACAACUACAGCUGGCAAAAAAUUUAUAGUAUGAAGAUAAGAUUGAUCUAAUUUUCCUAAACAUGUAACUCUUAAGAAUUUAAAUGUGAAAGAUUACCUUGACUCAGUUUGCUAUACCUGCAAGAAAUCAGUCUUAGUGUAAUGUUAAGAAAACAAUACCUAUUAACACAAAUCAAACAUGUUUUUAAAUUAGGCAGUGCCGUCUACCUAGUCUCAGACUAGGUUUCCUGCAUGUCACACCAGCAAGUGAGAUUGGCUGGUAUACUAAGGCUCGCAUUACAUGAAAGGGCAUGCUGAAUACUACUGCCUUUACAAUUAUAUCAUAUCAGGGUUAGUUCUUCCUUUCUUUAUGCCUGGCUGGUUUGCUCUUAAUAGCUGAAAUUCUGGAUGUAGUUUCUA